CAGCCAACAGGAUUGCCUUUUCCCCCUAUCUUCAAUUCUCCAUCAGCCAGGGCAGGACAGAUUACAUAUAGCAUAAGGAUAAAGUUGCACAAACCCAGGCAGAAUAGAAAACUAGUAGAGAAAAAAAAGGAGGGGGGGAGCAGGCUGCAGAGAAGAUGUCUGUUGUGAUGGCUGGAGUUGGGGUGCAGCCCAGAUGGGUGGGCAUAGGGAUGGCUUCACCUCUAUCUACUUCUUCUUCUCCUGGUAUUAAUAGCAAUGGAAAAUUCAGAAUUAAGAUGGCUGUUACUCCAGUUGACGAGAAGAAAAAGGCUUACACUCUUCAGAAAUCUGAAGAAGCCUUCAGCAAAGCCAAGGAACUAAUGCCCGGAGGUGUAAAUAGCCCUGUACGUGCUUUCAAAUCCGUUGGUGGGCAACCUAUUCUGUUUGAUUCUGUUAAGGGCUCUCACAUGUGGGACAUAGAUGGUAAUGAAUACAUAGACUAUGUUGGUUCAUGGGGACCUGCUAUCAUUGGUCAUGCUGAUGACAAGGUAUUGGGUGCCUUGGCUGAGACAAUGAAGAAGGGAACCAGCUUUGGUGCACCUUGUCUGCUAGAGAAUGUUUUGGCAGAAAUGGUCAUUGCAGCAGUCCCAAGUGUAGAAAUGGUUCGUUUUGUCAAUUCAGGCACUGAGGCAUGUAUGGGUGUGUUGCGAUUGGCUCGAGCUUUCACUGGCAGGGAGAAAAUCAUUAAGUUUGAGGGUUGUUACCAUGGCCACGCGGAUCCAUUCCUUGUUAAGGCAGGCAGUGGGGUUGCUACCCUGGGUCUCCCUGACUCUCCAGGUGUUCCAAGAGCAGCUACCUUCGAAACAUUAACUUCCCCUUACAAUGACAUAGAGACUGUUGAAAACCUCUUUAAGACAAAUGAAAUUGCUGCCAUUAUUCUUGAACCUGUUGUUGGAAAUGCUGGGUUUAUUCCACCGAAACCUGGUUUUCUUGAUGCCUUGCGCCAGAUCACUAAAGAAAACGGUGCUCUUCUCAUCUUUGAUGAAGUAAUGACUGGUUUUCGUUUGUCAUAUGGAGGAGCACAGGAGUAUUUUGGCAUAACUCCUGAUUUAACUACACUGGGGAAGGUCAUUGGUGGUGGCCUGCCAGUCGGUGCCUAUGGAGGAAGGCGGGAGAUUAUGGAGAUGGUGGCACCCGCAGGACCAAUGUACCAGGCUGGGACGCUAAGUGGAAACCCAUUAGCAAUGACUGCUGGGAUUCACACUCUUAAGCGUUUGAAAGAACCAGGAUCAUAUGAUUACUUGAACAAGGUAACUGGUGAACUUAUUCAAGGGAUUGUGGAUGCUGGAAAGAAGGCUGGUCAUGCAAUUUGUGGUGGCUAUAUCAGAGGGAUGUUUGGCUUUUUCUUCACUGAUGGCCCUGUUUAUAACUUUGAUGAUGCAAAGAAGAGUGAUACGUCAAAGUUUGCAAGAUUUUAUAGAGGAAUGCUGGAAGAAGGUGUCUAUUUUGCCCCCUCUCAGUUUGAGGCUGGAUUCACCAGCUUAGCACAUACUACAGAGGAUAUUCAGCAGACGAUAGCAGCAGCUGAGAAGGUUUUCCAACGAAUAUAACCUUGUCGUGGUUGUUUGUUUACUCAUUGCCUCCUUCUGAGGUUGGUCUUUUUGUAGGCGAGGGGCAACCAUGUCCUUAUAUUUUUUCCUUCAGGUAGAAUCUUCAUGUACUUUUGAUUUAUGUUUGUCAUUUUUGUUUAUUUGAGAUGUGUAUUUGUACCAUUCCUUCUGCACCAUGUUAACUUGCACCAUGUUAACUACUAAUGCUAGUCCAUUGAGAAGCA